AUGGCCCUUCUGUUAUGGGACUCUUGGAAACGCACAGACUCCCUGCCUUCAGCUAGUUCUUCAGGGCCGGCAGCGCAGGACGCAACCGCAGUGCCUUCUUCUUCUGUGUCGUCUCCGUCUGUGCAAAGCUCUGCGGUCACUGUCCCUUCUGCAUCUGCUUUGGGUAGUGCCUCCUCCGCCCUUCGAGCAGCUGCUGGUGUUCCCUCUGUCUCGCUGCUUACAUCUUCUGCGUCCGUACCUGCAUCAUCUCUAUCUUCGUCUCUCAUGUCUACACCCUCAUCCUCAUCGGCAAACCCAGCUGCGGCACCUCUCAUUGCACCCUUCGUUGAAUCAUCGUAUUCUAGCUCUUCCUUCAGCUCCUUCUCGAGCUCUGUAUCCUCCAGCUCAUAUUCGAGCUUCAGCGUGUCAUCAUCCAGCAGUUCGAGCUCUAGUUCGCCCUCCGCGAGUUCGUCCAGUACGGAUCCAGCUACUGAGGUGCCUUCAACAUCCCCAGGGAAUUCAUUUUUGCAGGAAUUGCCAUCCUCUUCAUCAUCCUCUCCGUCCUCGUCUUUUUCCGUACCAUCCACGAGCGAUACGCCCACCCCUACUUUCACCCCGACACCGACAGAAAACGCGGGCGCCGCAAAUCCCGAGGUGAUCCUAUCCGCCACGUAUUCGGGACCGAUAGCUGGUGAUGCUGGUAUCAAUGAUCCCCCAUCUGAUCCUUCAUCGUCUGGCACCACGCUGUUUGUCAACCCAACUCCAGUAAAUGCAGGAACAGGCAGCGCCACGACAAUCAUUCAAACAGAUAUCCCUUCUGCGUUUAACACAGGACAACAGGCCGUCGCAAAAUCGAAUACUAAAACGGCGCAAAUUCUGGGAGGCGUGCUCGGUGGUCUCUCCGCGCUUCUCGUGAUCAUCCUCGCUGCCUUCAUCUGGAGGCGCUACCGCCGCAAACGCGUGCAUUCGGUGCAAUGGAUAGGUGCGCUCCCGCCCGAGGCACUUUGGCAGCCCCGUCCGUCGCCGCGCUCGCCUUCCUUCAUCAUGCGCUCGCCGCCCUCGAGCGACUUCAACCACAGCUCACCGUACUCGCCGCCCUCGGCGCAGUCGCAGGCUGCGCAGAUGAGCGAAGCAUACGCGUACUCGGCGGACGGGCACACCGCGUCAUCAGACGGGCACGGUGGGCACCCCGCGCCGUUCGCCCGGCGCCCGACCCCGACGAUCUCGCCGCGGCUCAUCGUCACCGGAGUCUCCGCGCCCGCGGGGGCCACAGGCUCGGGCACGUAUGACGGCAGCACGACGGACUUGCUGAUGGCGGAGGACGACCCGUUCGCGGACCCCGUCGCGACCGCCCGCGCGAACCCGCGCGUGAUGGCGCCAUCGCCGACGAUACGCGCGCCGGAUGCCGUGGCGAACCCGUUUGGUGAGUUCCGCGCGCCUCGGUCGAUGGUGUCGGAUUCACUGUAUAGCGUGUCGACGCCGGGAGCGUCCCGGCACGACCUUUCGGUUGCAUAUGCGGUGUAG